UCCUAGGAAAAGUAAAGAAACUUACUAGGGGCCCUGCAAAGACGCUUCAGCAAGUGGCCAAUCGUUUAAGCGAAUUAUCUAAUUGCAAAUUAAUGAGCAAGCUGUACAGUUGCAAAGCUAAGCCAGAAGUUUCAUUUCAGAACAGACACAAUGACGGACCACUCCCUUUAUUUCAUAGAAAUCCGCAGUACAAAACUUUGAUUCUUCCAGAUUUUAAAUUGACUAUUGCCAAUUCCUCCUCUUCUUAUUGCCAAAUGAGAAACGAAGACAUCGUUCAGAUUGAAAACUUCGCCUAUUCAGUGCAAUUAAGAGAGGUUGUGAUAAUUGGUAAAAAAUUCACUGACUUAACAAGUUUCUACGGUGAGCCUCUCCUACAGAGUUCUUCUUUAGGAAUCUUCAAAGGUAAACAUUUGUCGGCUAGGAAGCAUUGGCAAAUCUCGGAAACAAUGACCAAGUACACGGCACUUCCGCUGAGUGACUCCCUUUUUUUGGCUCCCUUGCUGCAUACGGUUUAAAGUAAGACAUUUUUUUAUUAGGAUUAUUAAGAAACUCUAGUGAUGUAGGCUGUUCAACUCUUCUACAUCUUUUUCCCCCUCUCAUCUCCUUUAUUUGUACCAAUUCCUUGAAUUCCUCAUUUUUCAUCAGAAAGUGUUAGUGUUAUUUUACGUUUAUCUUUAUUUUUAGCUUCAUUUUUGAAAACUUAAACUUUUGCACUCCCAUCAAUUUUACUUUUAAGUUGUGUGAUUUCCCAUGUUUUCCUCCUCAUUUGCACACUUACAGAAAUUCAAAAUAUAUGCGCAGUUAGGUUACCAUUAUUCAUUUAUUUAUUUAUUUUUCUGUGGUGGUAACAAGAGAUAAAAAAGUGAUAAGUAGCUAUGAACUUAAUUGAGAUGACUGCAGAGAUUUGACGAAAUUGAAAAAAAUCAGAAUCUUCAUAAGUUAUUUUUAUUUACUUAAAAACACUAGGAACAUAAAUAAUGUUUGUGUAUAUGGAGCGACUGUUCAAUUUAUUGGUCGAUAGGUGCAUGAAGAUUUUUUUAUGUAGGUAGUAUCUGAGAUGCUCAGAUUUCUCUUGCAGAAUGGUUUCAAAUACUGAACUUCUCAUGAAAGCUUCAGGAUUUUGAGUGUCAUCAAAGAUUUUUCUCAGUUUUUCCUCCUAUUCCCACUUUGUCUACAAGUUUUCAUGCUUGCACUUUGACUUGAAUUUGAUCCAUCGUUUCCUUAGUCAGAAAUGUAUUGUUGUCUCUCCACUUAUCUGAUAGAUUGUCCUGUGAUAUGCACAGUGUUCAGUGUGGGUCCGACCUUGCAUGAAUUGUUUUAAAGUAUAUCCUCAAUGUUUAACAUCCUGUUUAGUAUUUUUCUUAAUUAUCCUCUCUUUUCUCUCUUACAGAAUUUGGACCCUAAUUUUCAAAGUUGAGUGUGAUGAAUACGAUUCGGUUCCCAACAAGUGGAUCCUGAAUGAUGGACUGGCUAAAUAUCCAGUAGACGCCACAGCAACAGAAAUCAAAACUUUAGCAAAAGGAGGAAAUGACAUCAAAACCUUUGAACCAAUUCCUGUACAAAUCAUCAAAGAAUAUGACACCUACGAGAAGUGCAACACCAAUGCCUGGCGUUUAAAUAGUCACCGCAAGGUGCUUUCGGAGUCCGAACAGGAAGCAAAAGGAAGAGGUCAACGCAUAAAAAGGAGGAAACACCUCUCAUCUGACGAUAACGAUGAAUCAGAGGAAGAAACGCAACCGAAAGUGUCCAAGAAGAAAAAAUCAUCCUCAAAAUCUCAAAAGCUUGAAGAAAUGCGCCAAAAAUUGACAGAAGUUGCCGAAGGUCUGAAAAAGACCGAGUUACCCACGCCCCCUGACAAUCGUCCUAAAACCUCAAAACCUAGCUCCUGUACUGAAGAAUUUCAUCAAUUAACCAUCGCUUCAGCAUCCUGUUCGAAAGAUUCCGCCAACAAUUUUUUAAUUGUCGAUGAAGGUGGUCCAGAGGCCUUAGAUACGCCUUCCCCUCUUAAAAGACUAGCUGCAGCGCCCCACGACACAGGCAAGCCCUCUCCUAUCAACCGCAAAUCUCCAAACAAAUCACAGUGUCAAGAGUCCGUGAAGAAACAACUAUUUACAGAAAAAGAAGCCCCGAAGAAAGGGAAAUGUAAUAUUGGGAAGAAGGUUAAACACUCACGCGGCUUCUUGCUGCAGUGUCCGCGAGAUGAGGCGGUGCUGUACAUUUUAUGCAAACUCUCUGCUGAUGUGACUAGCAUCCUGCAUUAUCAAAAACGAGCAAAAUUAGCUACUCCUGCUCCUGGACAGGAAGCUGAGAAGAAAGAUGUUGAAGAAGUGGCUCUGCCAGAGUGCCUUCUGAGUAUUAUACCCUGCCUAACCAAGGAAGAUUUAAUGAAAGCGGAGGAACACCUCAAGGAUGAAACGCUCUUAAACACCGUGGCCCAGCAUUUCGAGUCCCUAUUUCAAAACGACCAAGGGUUAACUAAAACAGCAAGGAACAUCACUCGAGAGUGGAUGGCGAAGGAGGUGCAAAAAUUGUACUCCUUGAAAGGAGGGCAUGCGCAGAAGAAACUGAAAGCAGGAGUGCAAAAGAAAGAUGCUUUCAAUCAGUUAAGAAUCUACACUGUCAUCAAAAAAGUUGUUAAAAGCCUGUAUGGCCGAAGUGUAUCCAAUUACCGAGAGCAGAUGGAUAACACAAUUGCGACCUUCUUAACCCGCGCAGAUGAAAAGAAAGAGGAAAAUCCUGCAUAAACUGGUAGAGGCAUUGGCAUCUUUUUUUCCUACCUACAUAUCUCCAUCUCGAUGCUGUAUUAUUUCAUUUUUUUCAUCAUCAUGUGUAUGGAACUUUGCUAAUUUGCCAUCUGUUUUGCAAUUUCAAUUUUUCUUCUUAUUUAAAUGUACUGUGUUCCAGUCAUUUUUAUUUUUUUUUAUUUUUGAGUGUUACCCAAUGACACCUCUAAAUUCUCAUACAGGGUGAAAAAAACCGAGUGUGCAUUGAGGCCUUUAGAUCUCGAGGACCAGUAUCGUAAAUGCAUUGCAGCUUUUCGUAUUUCCAACUGAUAAAUGUUUAGUCCUUUUUUGGAAAAUUUUUGGCUGUCCUUUUGAUAAACUAAUCACUCUAAUCUCUCUCGUUAAAUGUUAAUAUCAGAGACUGAGCGUUCAUUUGAUGCCUUAGAGCACAGGUGUCAGUAUCAUGAAUGCAUUUUAACUUCUCAAAAUUUCCAACUGUUUUAUGUCUAGUCCUUUUUUGGAAAAUUCUUGGCUAUCCUUUUGAUAAACUAAUCACUCUAAUCUCUCUCGUUAAAUGUUAAUAUCAAAGACUGAGUGUUCAUUUGAUGCCUUAGAGCACAGGUAUCAGUAUCAUGAAUGCAUUGUAACUUCUCAAAAUUUCCAACUGUUUUAUGUCUACCUAGUUCUUUUUUGGAAAAUUGUUGGCUGCAACUAAUUACUCUAAUCUCUCUUUUUAAAUGUUAAUAACAAAGACUGAGUGUUCAUUUAAGGCCCUCAGAGCACAGCUAUCAGUGUUAUAAGUACAUUGAAACUUGUCAAAAUUUCCUAGAAUGUAUUAUUUUUCCCCCAAUAAACCAUCGCAUGAAAAGCCAUGCAAAUUCCAGUGGUUUUCCUCUCAAUGAAAUCAGUAACAUUUUAGAGCUGUUCUUACAGUAGUUUAAGCAGGAAAACCUAAUACAUUUUUGAAAUUUUUGAACCAUCACAAUGCACUAAAUGGGUUUUUUCUGCUAUCGAGGCCUCUUUACUUAUUGACUGUCUAUUACAUUCUUUUGUCUGUGUUAUUAAAUUCUUAAAGUCCUGUUUGUCUUUGAGUAAUUAUUUCAUGUACAACUUUCUCUCACCACUUUCUUUUUGCAAGUUUUGUUUUUUUAGUUAAGAUAGAAGUGCAGUUCAAUUUAUUCAUUUAUUUUCUCUUAAUUUUAUUUGUUUGUUAUUCCAUUGUGUCAGGCAAUUUAGAGUCUUCACAGAAAUACAAUUUUGUGUUCUUG